GGAAAGAUUAAGAAAUGCAUUGAAGAGAGGUCAUCGCUCAAGUUUAUCAAAUUUGGAUUCUGGGAAUGGAUUCAAGGCCACGAAUGUCGCUGUUUUUUCUACUUACGGUGAGCAGCUAUGCAGCAGUGCUUGGUCAGCAAGGACCAGUUUUUAUUUUGGAACCACCUAGUAUGUUGAUCUUCUCCAAUACGACUGGCUCCCAGUUGAGUUGUUCAGCUCAUGGUAGUCCUACUCCGCACGUUACUUGGAUUUCAAGUUCCGAUCAAAGAUCCGUCACAGCAGUUCCAGGUCUCAGGCAGCUCCUUGGCAACGGAACUUUGUAUUUCCCGCCAUUUUUAGCGCAGGACUUCCGAGCAGAAAUUCACAAUGCACGGUACAGGUGUCGGGCCACGAGUUCUGUCGGUACUGUACUCUCCAGAGAAGUUACACUGCGUGCCGUGCUUACUGUUUCUGGGUACGACGUGCGUGUAAAUCGAGCACACGUUGUAGCAGGUUGCAAUGCAGUAUUGACGUGUACUACACGUGAAGAUGUCCGCGAACAUCUGACAGUUACAUCGUGGUUUAAAGACGAUGCAAUCUUACUGCCAGGAAGCACAGAUACUGGUGGGAGAUUCGUGGUAACAUCACAAGGUGAACUUCAUAUAAGAGCAGCUAAGCCAGAAGAUGGCAGGGCAAGAUAUUCAUGUUUAACGUUACACGCACUAACGGGCGAACGUAGAAGAAGCGAACCCGCUACUUUAACAGUCACAGAAGAAAGUGGUUCCAUGCCCCCGAGACUUAUGCAGCGUGCACAAAUUGCAAUAUCAUCUGAGAGGGGUUCAAACACACAUCUUACAUGUUCUGCACAAGGAAAUCCAGCGCCACAAUUUACGUGGUUUCGGGAUAUUAAUGGACAUUCGGUUCCGGUCGAGUCAUCUGGUAGGAUACAGCUUUGGGGUGAUUUAAUGGAAAUUCGUCGCGUUGACGCACAGGACGCAGGACGAUAUAUCUGCAGAGCUACCAACCAAUUCGGCGAACAACAAGCUGAAACCCACUUGUCGGUCACUUCAAAGCUCGAUGCCCAUAUUCAGCCGCAAUUUCAGGUUGUUAAUUCAGGCGACGUUGCCACAUUGAAUUGCACGGUCGAAGGAUAUCCAGUUGAGAGCGUUGAAUGGCUGCACGAUGGGCUACCUGUGUUGACUGCCCAGGACACUAGAAUACGACUGUUAGCACCGUUGGUUCUUAUUGUUGGUUCGGUAGGUCGUAAGGACAAGGGAAUGUACCAGUGUUUGGUCCGAAGCGACAAAGAAAAUGCACAAGCAACAGCUGAGCUGAAACUUGGAGAUACCGUACCGGAACUGCAGUACACAUUUAUUAAACAAGCGCUAAGACCAGGACCGCCCGUGUCUUUACGUUGUUCUGCGACAGGAUCUCCGCCGCCAUCCUUUACUUGGUUCUUAGAUGGUGAAUCUUUAAGUGAAAUAAACGCCGGUCAUAGAUAUGCAAUUGGUCAAUACGUCGAUCAGUCUGGUGACGUUAUCAGCCAUCUCAAUAUCACUUCCGCACGUGCAGAAGAUGGUGGUCUCUAUAGUUGUGUAGCGACUAAUACACUGGCAACAGUAGAACAUAAAGCACGGCUAAACAUAUACGGCCCACCAUAUAUUAGAUCAAACGAACCAAUGCGUGCCAUUGCUGGCGUUGAUGCUACCAUAGCGUGUCCAUAUUCCGGAUAUCCUAUAACAUCAGUCGAAUGGUCACGCGGUGGUGUAGAACUUCCGCUUGAUAUGAGACAUCGUGUGGACACUGAAGGCUACCUUACAAUUGCCAAUGUCGAUACAAAUGAUGCUGGAAUUUAUACGUGCACAGUUCGUGCAAGAUCCGGUGAAACUGCCAGUAGAGACAUCAGACUGACUGUCAGUAGCCCACCAAUUAUGAGUCCGUUUGACUUUCCGUCAAAUUUGCAAGAAGGAAGCUGGGCCCAGGUGACAUGCAGCGUCAGCUCCGGUGAUCGACCAAUUUACUUUUCAUGGCUGAAAGACGGUGAACCACUUCCAUCCUCUCUUCGCAUCGAAGAACGAGGUGACGAUUUCUUCAGCAUUCUGGUGUUCAAAGAAGUAUCCUCAAGACACAGCGGCAGAUACACGUGUAUCGCCACGAACAGUGCCGCCAAAGUGAAUCACACUGCUGAACUAUUAGUCAAAGUGCCACCACAAUGGGCAUUCGAGCCUCAAGACGUUGCCAUCCUGCUUGGUAGUCCGUUGAACAUUCAUUGCGAAGCCAAAGGAUUUCCGGUGCCCAAAGUCACGUGGCUACGCGGACGCGGACGAACCUCUAACGAUUAUCAAUUAUUAAACAAUGAAAUGGAUGGGAGGAUCAAAAUUCUGACAAACGGUUCGUUGUGGACAGCCUCCGCGGGACCGCAGGAUGAAGGACAUUAUCUUUGCAGAGCGAAUAACGGUAUUGGCUCUGGCCUUAGCAAAGUCAUCUACGUUUCCAUAAAUGAGCCUGCAAGAUUCGAAUUACAAAGUAAAAACGUUACAAUAAGACGUGGCGAGCCAGUGACUUUGGAUUGUACAGUCAUCGGUGACAAUCCAAUCAGCGUUCAAUGGACUCAAAAUAAUGAGCGACUUGAUUUGAAUCACUAUCGAUUGAGCAUCAGUCAAGUCAAGUCCGAGAAUGGACUCAAAUCACAAUUGUCAAUUGGUAGAAGCGACCGACAAGACUCUGGUGUCUACAGAUGCACUGCUGACAAUGCUUUUGGCAGAAGUGAACAUCUUGUUUAUCUAGCAGUUCAAGAAAGACCCGAUGCUCCAACUUCUUUAGAAGUCAUCGAAAUUGGUUCACGAUCAAUUAGACUGUCGUGGCGGCGUGCAUUUGAUGGAAAUAGCCCCAUUCGGAAUUAUGUAAUUCAAUAUCGAUCACUGGGACACACGUUAAGCGAUGAUUGGGAUCCAACUAAAACGCAUAACGUUACGUACACUCCUGGAACAUUCAAUGAUGACCAUAAUAUAAAUCCAACCCAAAAUGAAUUGUCACAUUUCGAUGCCAACAGCGACGAGCAAGAAAUUGCUAUGAUUGGCGGCCUUCAUCCGGCAGUACCAUAUACUUUUCGUGUAUUUGCGAUUAAUUCGAUUGAUGCCAGUCCACCCACUGAUGCUGUAGUAGCCAAGACUCAAGAAGAAGCACCCACAGAACCUCCGCAAAAUAUUAACGUACAGUCAGCGGGCUCUGGGGAAUUGAUUGUCAGCUGGCAGGCACCACCAAAGGACACCUGUAAUGGCGAAUUACUCGGUUAUAUAGUCACAUGGUCAGAACACUCCUCAUCGACUUUGGGUGUCAAUCAAAGCAAAAGUUUGACAGUUAAUGGAUGGGCAACAACAAAAGUACAACUAACAGGGCUCAGAAAAUUUACAAAAUACGAUAUUUCAAUCAGAGCUUUCAACAGUAUAGCAAGUGGACCAGCAAGCACGCCGAUUGUAGGAACAACACAAGAAGGAGUACCAGAGGCUCCACCUACUCAGGUAGAAUGUGCGCCACUUUCGUCACAAAGCGUUAAAGCUUCAUGGGAUCCACCACCGGCACAUCAACAUGGCGGACUCAUUCAAGGAUACAAAGUGUACUACAGACCCGUACCGACAGAAAACAUGGACAUAUCGACGGUCGGUGAGGUCAAGCGAACAUCCAGCGAGGAAACUUACCUACACACGCUAUACAAAUACACCAAUUACUCAAUCAGAGUUUUGGCCUACACUAGUGCAGGAGACGGCGUCUUGAGUCCUCCAAUUUUCUGUACAACCGAAGAAGACGUCCCAGGACCUCCGGCGGGCAUAAAAGCUUUGGCUUUAACGGCUGAAAGCAUCCUCGUAUCGUGGCUGCCACCAUUGCAACCAAAUGGUCAUGUAUCACAGUAUACAGUUUACAGUAAAGAAGCGGGUGCUUCAAGACACAACACGCAUACAAUGCACGAGCCGCCAUCAUCAACAACUGACACACUAACGAUGGAACUACGUGGGCUUGUCGAGAGCAAGCUUUACGAAUUUUGGGUCUCGGCAACAACUGGUCCUGGAGAAGGGGAGUGUACUACAGUUGUUACGCAAAGCACAAACACACGAGCACCUGCCAGAGUGGCCUCGUUUUCACAAUUAUUGAGAAGAGCUGUGAAAUCGUCAGUGACGUUAUCUUGUUUGGUUGUGGGCAAUCCAACACCCAGACCAACAUGGACCUUCAGGAACAAUCAAGUUGUAACGGGCAGACAUUACGAAAUCACAUCCGAUGGACAUCUUAAUAUACAUGGAUUGGAUCAGACAGUGACAGGAAAUUACACAUGUAUGGCUAAAAAUUUAUUUGGAGAUGAUUCCAUAACGUAUACGUUAGUAGUAGUAAUGCCACCACGCGCCCCGGUGCUAGAACUACAGUACACAACAACACACAGUGCCCGACUUCUAUGGAAACAUCCAGACAAUGGCGGAGCCACGAUUCAAGGAUAUGUUUUAAGUUAUAAGAGAGACCAAGGCGGAUGGGAGGAGAUUGCUUUGUCUCCAGAACAAACAGCUUUCACAUUAAACGGUUUAAGAUGCGGUUCAUCAUAUUUGGCGCAUUUAACUGCACACAACCGAGUCGGCACGGGAGAUCCCAGUCCUCUUAUCAGCGCCACUACUAAAGGAGGAGCUCCUUUAUUACCAAAGGAAAGAGAUAUCAUCUCGGCUAAUGCGACAUCACUUAAGUUAAAUCUUUUAUCGUGGCCAUCGGGUGGUUGUCCAAUUCUUUAUUAUACGGUGGAAUACAGACGUCGAAUCAGCACAGAGGAUUGGAUUUUAGUUGCAAGUCGCGCUACCGAAAACCUCGUAAUACGAGAUUUGAAGCCUGCCUCGUGGUACAGUGUGAGAUUAACAGCGCACAAUGAUGCUGGUGCCACACAAACGCAAAUGGAAUUUGCUACAACAACACUAAGCGGCGUCAGUAUUGGACCACCCAAUGACUUUGUAAUGGAUGAUUACGACCCAGCAAAGGGAUUGCCGAAUCACAGAGUCCUUUACGUUGCCGUUCCACUGGUGUGCGCCAUUGUUCUUGUUAUCUCAGCCGUGAUUUUGGGAUACGUUAUGUUUAAACGAAGCAGAGCACGCGGCUACCUUGGUGAAAUUUUACCAGGUCAUCAACAGCAGCAAGUUAGUUUGGGUUUAGGACAACAACAACAUCAACAUCAUCACUUGUCCAGUUGUAUGUCAAGCGUGCAAUUGAAAUCCACAGCUGAGCGUGACAAUCGGCGAAAUCAUCAAGUUUACACGAGUUCACCCGUUAAGGGCGACAAUCAUAAACCAACGGAUCAUGGUUCAGCAGAAAUGUACGAAAUUAGUCCAUAUGCCACCUUCAGCGUUCCUGAUAGGGAGAAUCGAUCCGUCACAACUGCGACACUUGAUUAUACGAUGCAAUUCAAAACGUUCGGUCAUUUAGAAAAUGAAGACAUAAACACGAUCGACUAUGGACGGUCGGGCGUCGAUUUUGAAAGGUCGAAAACUCCGAGGUGGCACAAGCAAAGAUACUUUCCAAGUAUCGCCGAAGCCGAGAGUAAACUUCGUUCAAGCCGACAAGGAUCCGGAAGCGAUACUUCUGGCAGUCCUUGUGGCGAAUGUGCAGGGCCCAGUUACCGUGUUCCUGUGAAACCUUGUAGAGAUAUAUUUUCACGCGGAGUCGAAUCGAGCACCGAGUCGAACAAUGAAGGUUCCCCGUCAUUGGCUAGACGAAGAAGCCGACAGCCAAAUCGGUCCACUCGCAGUUCGGUCGAAGACAUGACAUUGCUCCCACCUUGUGGAUUCAGCGAUAGUCGUGAAUUGAGCGAAGCGGAGUGCGAUCGCGAUCGUGAACAUAACCAUGAUCAAGAAUUACAGGGUCUGACCAUCAACACUCGACAUGGCGGUAGCUUGGGUAGGCUGCCAAUUGAAGCUGUUGACACUAUGUUAGCCAGAUAUCAACUAAGAAAAGAGCAGGAACGACAAGAAUUCACUAUACAUGUAUGAUCGACCGUCACUAAAUUGUUGGGUAUAUUAAUGAUACGUGAAGCAAGUAAUGAAUCCGCCUGAUAACGUCAAAACAAAGACUGCAUUACAUUACAUACACAUUUUCUAAUAUUAAGGAGGUACACAAAGGCUGCGCCCAUCUGCCAAUGCUAUGGAAACAACAAUGGAAAAUUUUAAAUAUGAUAAUGGGGUGGAACUAAAAUAGAAUACAAUUGUUGUCGUCACGCUCGCCAUUCCAUACUGCCAACAGUAAAAAUACAAGUGAAAUAAUGCAAUUCGCCUUUUUUAAAAAAAGGGCACGAAUUUGGAAUAUUGAACAAAAUAAACACUUUUCGAGUUGCGAAAGAUACUCGUUAAUGAUUUAAUCAUUUACUUUCUUGAAACUUUGGCGACAUUUCUCAAAUUUCCAAGGAAACGGAGAGAAAAGUAUUGAGCUAUUCUAUUAUUGUGAUGGUUUAAGGAGUAAAAACCAUCUUUUCUGUGAUAAAUAAUAAUGGAUUUUAAUGGAGUGGUAAACGUCUCGUCAAUUAUGUGUCACGCAUGAAUGUGUACAGAUAAAUACUAUGAGUAUUAAAUUACUCACCAGGAAUGUCCUUGAGACUUACGGAAGUCCUGGAAUUGCGUAACAAACUUAAUUGUCAUAUUAUAUAAUUAGCUAUUAAUUUAUUAAUUGAAAGAGAAAUUUCUAAUUAUCAGAAAAAAUUCUGUUCAUAAUACAUAAAACGAGCAAUAUCAUCGCACUUACACAUAAAUUCCAUAUCCAUGUAUAUUUAUGUGAGAAAUAGAAUGAUUCUUAGGCGUCUUGAAACUUAAUGGACUGAAUUCAUCAAUUUAAGUAUGGAAGCUAUAUUGAUCAUAGUAGAAUUAAAUGGUGUACAUCAACGCAAGAUUAUAGUAUGAUGUUUGAAUGUCUUACAAAAAGUUCUUGAUAAGAAAAAUAAUACCAUUAAUACAUAUGGACUUAACCCAAAGGUUUUGAAUCAUGUAUUUAUUUUAUCAAAUUGUUUAAUUAAUAAAUGAAUUGAUGGAGCACAUAGUA